UAGAGUUGAGAAAUGAGGUUUUGGGGAUAAGAUUUCAAAUUUUGAAAAAUAAAAAAAUUAAAAUUUUCAAAGGAUAAACUUAGAAAGGUGCUAUUUUGGUCAUUUUAGUUUUUGAGUGCUAUUUUUGUGAUAUAAACUUAGAAAUGUGCUAUUUUGGAGAUUAGCCCUUAUAUAAUUAAUCAAUUUAAAUUUGGUUAGAUAACUAAUUUGUAAACGUGGCGUAGUGGACACUAAAGAGAUUUGGUUUCAAUUCAUCCCGACUUUGAAUAGUGUUAUGUUCAUUUUUGUUCUUUUUAUUUAUUUUUUUUGUCUUUAAUGAAUGGUAGACUUGUAAAUAAGUCUUCUUCUUCCUCAAAUAUUUAUUACAGUUUCUAUGCAUCUGUAAAUUUCUUCUACCUAUCCUCUCUCUAUUGCCCAAACGCAGUGUGAACACCGUAAUCCGGUAUUACGGUGGUCGGAGCUUAAGAUCUGAUAUGCUAGAUUUUUGAGAUUGGGUUAGACUCGGUUCGGAGCUAUUACUCGGCACUUUUUUCCUAUUCUACGGUAAAGGCGGAAAAAACUCGUUGCACCACCUCAAGCCUCCGAUUUGCCCCUCUUCGCGGCGGUGAGUCUCCGAUCACCAUAUAGUCGGACGCGUACUCGCCAAGCCGACCGCGUUUUAGAACAUUAUUAAUUUGUAAGAUUCCCGCAACCUUUGACCAAACAAGAUUAUUUAACCAACAUCAUUAUGUCAAUGAUUAUUGAUUACGACACAUCUUGCAAAUCUCUGACAGAACAUUUUUAGUUUCAUUUUCUGAACAAGUCUUACCAAUGGAUAUCGAAGCUUCAAAAGAAAAAUCUGAUUAAACAAUCUUAAUUAUCAACGACUCAAGAACUUAUAAUCAUAGAAAUUAGACCUUAACCUCAAUUCCAAGAAACUUCCAUGAUUAAUAUCAGGAAACUCAAACCCAUUAUCUAUCAUUUUGUAAUAAUCUCAAAGAAACAGAGCGAAAAACAGAAUAAUACACAUGUCUUCUUGUUUCAAAUCCUCUGUUUCUCUGAUCUCAGUGUUCUUCUUUAUAAUCUUUAACACUGUUUCUUCUGCAACAGAUCCAACUUAUCUCUUCCACAUAUGUCCAAACACAACAACAUUCACAAGAAACAGCACUUACUUAACCAAUCUCCGAACCGUUCUCUCAUCUCUCUCCUCUCCAAACGCAGCUUACGCCUCCCGUUUUGAUAACGCAACCGCUGGUGAUGAUAACAACAGAGUCUACGGCGUUUUCCUCUGCCGCGGAGACGUCUCAGCCGAAAUUUGCCGUGAUUGCGUCACGUUCGCGGCCAACGAAACGCUCCAAAGGUGUCCAAGAGAGAAGGAGACGGUGAUCUGGUACGACGAGUGUAUGGUAAGAUACUCUAAUCAAAGUAUCGUAGGUAAAAUGAGGGUUAUGCCUGCUGCUUUCUUGUCCAACACGCAAAACAUUACAGAGAGCCAACUUAGCCGUUUCAACGAGUCUUUGGCUGCUUUGUUGAUCGAUGUCUCGGUGAAGGCGGCUUCGAGCUCGAUAAAGUUUGCUACGGAGAGAGCGAACUUCACGGUUUUUCAGACCAUUUAUAGCCUUGUGCAGUGCACGCCGGACUUGACUAAUCUUGAUUGCGAAAGCUGUUUGAGACAAACGAUUAACUGGUUGCCUUUAUGUUGUGAUCGACGAAUUGGCGGGAGAGUAAUCGCUUCGAGUUGUAGCUUUAGAUAUGAGCUUUAUCCGUUUUACAAUGAAACUAUUACUGCGGCUACGCCGCCACCUAAUGUGUCUGCCCCACCGCCGCAGCUUUCUUCCCAGCCUCCAGGGAAAGGCAAGAGCUCGACAGUGAUAGUAACCGCGGUGGCUGUACCGGUCUCUGUCUGCGUGUUACUUCUUGGUGCUGCAUGUUGUUUACUGGCAAGAAGAAGAAGAAGGAAUAAGCUCAGUGGUGAAGGAGAGGAUCUAGAUGAAGAUGGUAUUACAUCAACAGAAACACUACACUUCCAGUUCAGCGAAAUCGAAGCAGCAACAGAUAAGUUUUCAGAGAGUAACAAGCUUGGUCAUGGCGGGUUUGGUGAAGUGUACAAGGGACAGCUUAUUACCGGAGAAACAGUAGCCAUAAAGAGACUAUCUCGAGGCUCGACACAAGGAGCAGAAGAAUUCAAAAACGAAGUUGAUGUAGUCGCCAAGCUACAACACAGAAACCUUGCUAAGCUUUUGGGAUAUUGUUUAGAUGGAGAUGAGAAGAUACUUGUCUAUGAGUUUGUACCAAACAAAAGCCUUGACUACUUUCUGUUCGAUACUGAGAAGAGCAGACUUUUGGAUUGGCAAAGAAGAUACAAGAUCAUUGAAGGGAUAGCUCGAGGAAUACUGUAUUUACAUCGAGAUUCACGGCUUACAAUCAUUCACCGUGAUCUUAAAGCGAGUAACAUACUCUUAGAUGCAGACAUGAGUCCAAAGAUCUCAGAUUUUGGUAUGGCAAGGAUCUUUGGUGCUGAUCAAACUCAAGCCAAUACUCAAAGAAUCGUCGGUACAUAUGGAUACAUGUCACCAGAAUAUGCAAUCCACGGGCAGUACUCUCUGAAGUCAGAUGUUUAUAGCUUCGGAGUCUUGGUUCUUGAACUUAUAACCGGCAAGAAAAACAGUAGCUUCUAUGAAGAGGAUGGUCUUGGAGAUUUAGUCACAUGUGUGUGGAAGCUAUGGGUAGAGAAUUCACCAUUGGAGUUAGUAGAUGAAGCAAUGAGAGGGAGUUUUCAGACAAAUGAAGUGAUCAGAUGCAUUCACAUUGCUCUCUUAUGUGUUCAAGAUGAUUCUUCCGAGAGACCUUCAAUGGAUAACAUUCUUGUAAUGAUGAACAGCUUCACUGUUACUUUACCGAUUCCAAAACGGUCUGGGCUUCUUCUCCGAACCAUGAGACACUCCAGAGUUCAACGGUCAGGAGCCUCUCCAUCUGAUCAAUCUUUGACAAGCAAGUCUGUUGAUGAUUCUUCAAUCACUAUUGUUUAUCCUCGUUGA